AUGAAUAAUUUCCCGUUUUUCGGGAUUCCAGAUCUCCUUAAAUGGAAAAUUCUAGUAUUUCUGGCACUGCCUGCAGUUUUUAUAUUUCUAUUUGCUAUUAUUUGUUUAGUGAUCCAAAAAUGUAAAAAAUAUAGAGGCUUGGUGGGAGUUUCGGGGGAAAUCAGCGAUCUUGAUGAGACAGAAACAGAAGUUCUAGUCAUUGAUGGCCAUUUUUUGGAAUUUUUUGAGACAAGGGAAAAUUCUGAUUUAACAAGAAAUGCGAUUGUGAAACAGGAUGAUGAGCAGGUUGCAGCAAUUUUGGAGAAAACCAAAACUACACUUAUCCAGCAAGAAAUUCUAGGAAGCAUUGGUUCACACCCUAAUGUUUCAUCGUUUUUAAACUUUGCUAAUGUUAUAGACUCACCAGUUUGGGAAUACAUUGAAGGCAGACCUCUGAGAAGUUUUUUGAAGAAGCACAAAAAUCAAUUUUCCAACCAAAUCGUAUAUUCAGAAAUAGACUCAAAUGGUUAUAUGUUACCAAAUAACAAAAUGCAGAAGACAGAUGAAUUGGAAAAACUUGGAGUUUUCAAACCGAUUUUAUGUACUUUGGAUCUAAUUUCGUUCGCUUAUCAAAUAGCAAAUGGAAUGAAAUAUUUGGCUGGGAGAAUGAUUGUUCACCAAAACUUGGCACUUCACAAUAUCUAUAUGACUGCAAACAAAACAAUCCGAUUAAGAGGAUUUGAUUUCGCCAGAGCUCGUAAUUAUAGAAUGUCCUCCGUGGUUCCUCCAUUGCUAUGGACAGCUCCUGAAACAUUUCGGGAUAAUGUGUCGAAUGAAAAAUCGGAUGUUUGGUCAUUUGCAAUUUGUCUGUUCGAGUUAUGGACUCUUGGGGACUUACCAGAGGAAAUGGAUCCUGCUUUUAUGUUUUCGAAUUUUCAGGGAAAAUUCCCCGAGCCGGAAUUCUGUCCUCCGAGAAUAUAUAAAAUUAUGGAAAACUGCUGGAACAUUACGCCCAGCAGCCGGCCAAAUUUUUCGGAUUACAAAAAUGUUUUCUCUGAAAUUUUGGACAGUUUUGAUCCUGAGAUUCUCAAAAACCUUACCCACAUGAUGAAGGAAGAAUUGAAAACUCGAACCAACAUAUCAAACGCAUUUGUUGAAAGAAUUAUUCGUAACUAUUGA